AUGGGCUCUGGAGAGGGAUCUGGGGGGUCUUGGUUGGUGGUAAGCUCAGUAGGAGUCAACAGCGUGCCCCGGCAGCCCAACGGGCCAGCCAUCUUCUGGGGCGCGUUAGGCACAGUAGAGCUAGCCGGUGGAAAGAAGGGAUUGACCCACCACGCUCAGGAGGGGUGCGGCCUCACCUCGCGUACUGCGUGCAGCUUUGGGCUCCACAAUCUGCAGGCACUGGGUUUGUUCAGCUUAGAGGAGAGGAGACCGAGGGCUGGCCUCAUUGCUGCCUACAACUUCCUCAGGACAGGGAGCGGAGAGGGAGGUGCUGAUCUCUCCUCCCUGGGGUCCAGUGAUAGGACACGAAGGAAUGGCUUAAAGCUGCGUCAAGGGAAGUUCAGGUUGGAUAGCAGGAGAAAGUUCUUCAGCGAGAGGGUGGUCAAGCAGCGGAACAAGCCCCUCCCCGGAAAGGGUCACGGCCCCAAGCCUGCAGAUGGAGUCCUGCUCCUGCUCUUUGGGCUCUGCUGUCGGCUCAGGACAAGGAGCCAUGAGGUGGACAGCAGCAGUGAUGAGGAGAACGCUAGCAGUGACAGGGAGCAGGUGGAAGAGGAGGCGGAAGAAGACGACGGUGAAGAUGAUCUGGGAAGGUUUUUUGAGGAGCACAUACAGUGGCCAGUUCAGAACCUAGCCAGGGACUGUCAGGUGGUAGAGGACCUCAUUGGCAACUUCAUCCUUGUCUUCAGAGAAAUCUCGGCAAAUAGUUUCUUCCCAGUGCUACAACCCACCAUCGGGGUGGGCAGCACCUUCGAAGGUUGGAGUCCCCGCAAGGAAGACAUCAUCUACCGCCUGCUCGUGCCCCUGAAGCCCCCUGGUGGGCACGCCUUCCACCUGGAGUUGGGCAAGAGGGGGGAGACGCCAGCAUGGGACUCCUGCGUCCGCGUGGAGCUGGUGUACACCUGCAGGAGGGAACAGCUGGCAGGAGACAUGCUGUGCUUCCUGCACCACCCUGAGGAGGAGCUUAGGAGGAAUCAGGGUCCCAGCCUCCUACGCAGCUUCUGCGCUGGCUCCUACCUAGAUGUGCAGAAAACUGCCCACUGGUUCUAUCAACUGGUGCAGGCAGCCUGGGUGGUUUUGCCUCAGUCAUCCACAUGGCGUCUAACCAUGCUGCCCUCUAGUCGCUCCUGCAAAUUCCAGGUGACAGAAGGCAACAACAAAAGCCACAUUAUUGAGAUGAUGUUUGGGGUGCAGCAAGGCAAUUUGGACAUCUUCGUGAGCAGCCAGAAUACAGAGGCCAUCUUCACCCCAAGCACGACAUGGCCAGAGAGCUACGCUGUGGCAGAGGUGAAGUUCUUCAGGCAUAUGGCCAGGCAGGUCCCGCAUGACAGCUUUCACCUCAGAUGCAUGCAGGCCUACACCCGCACCCUGGUGCACAUAGGCUUUUCCACCUAUACCUUGAAGACAGUUGUGAUGCACCUCCUGAACACCAUACCCCUGUCAGGCUGGUGCAGGAGGCAUUUCAUGCUGCGGAUGGAGGAUAUCAUGCAAUACCUGCGCCGCCGCCUGGAGGAGAAACACCUCGACCACUUCUUCUUAGGCAACGAGAGGGUGCCUGAGGAGAUAAUCUUGCCCCCAGCCUUCCAAACAGCCGAACCACUCAACCUCUUCCAGCACCUGGUGCAGGAUCUGGCUGCCCACGCUGAGGCAAUGCGUGAGUAUAGGGAUCUGUGAGAACGGCUCACAAGUCUGC